AAAUCAAUUAUGGCAUUUGCUGCUAUAUUUGAUGUCGUAAACAAAUUACUGGAGGAAACUAUCCCCGAUAAUGUUCAUCCCAUUUUGGCCUUAGCAAAAACCGACCAAGAAAAGAAGUCAAAGCGUAAUGCCGAUGGAAGCUCAGAUGAAGACGACGCACAAUUUUCGUAUAGUAAAUCUGAGCGCGUGGCUUGGAUUCGGCAAUGUUAUAAGAAGCCGAUUUCUGCCGCAGGUGUUCGUAGACCGGCUUUUGCCGAUGGAGCCUCUCCUCAAAUAGCCAAAGCUUCCGUCUCGGAAAUUGAAUGUGAAAAAGCACGAGAACGUCGCCUAAAACGACAAGCAACUCAAGGUGUGGUUGCUCUAUUCAAUGCUGUCAGACAAUAUCAAUCUACAGUUGACAAGCAACUUGAUGCUUCUGCUCCCUUACUUCUUCAGAAAGAGAAAGUUAUUACUGGCUACACAGCAUCAGAUUUUUUGGAUCGUUUAUCAGCCGGACUUCCUGGGUCUAAACCGAAAACAUCCAAAACUGAUAAUACGCAUGAAGAUGUACCUGUCCCUAAGAGGCGAAAAUUGAGUUCAUUUCCUGUAAGCGGUUUGAUUAUGAGUUUUUUCAAAAAUGAUUCUAUAUUUGAUGUAACUGGUGUAUCUUUGACCGAUUUUACGCUAUCCUGCGAUUCCGAUCCAGUUCCGCCUCCAAUAACCCAAAGAGAAGUUGAAAGUGAUAUACAUAAACUAGAAAAUGCUGAAAAUAAACAAGUAGGUUUUGUGGACUUGGAUUCUAAACAAUGCAUUUCCUCGAAUAAAUUCCAUAAUGUUCCAUCGCAACCAGAAUUGAAAGCGUCUACUGAAAGCAGUAAAUUGGGACUUGCAAAACUUGCCAUUCGACAUGAUAUUAUGGAUCAGAUAUCUUCCGUUCUUUCUGAUCUCGUCGCUAUGGACCUAAAGUUCUCCAAACUGGCACAGGUCACCAAAAGUACUGUCGAGCCUAGACCACAAGCUGCAUCUAGAAAUAUGGGGCUUCAAAUAGAUCAAACGCCAUUGGAUUCCUUGCAUAGCUUUACUACCUCUGAGCUUCAUAAACAGCUGGGGUCAGUGAGGAAUUAUAUUCAAGAUCUUGAUUCAAAGUACUCGGACGUGGCUAGAAGGAUUCAAGAUAAAAUUUGGAAUUUGGAACAGGCAAAUGCCAAUCUAAUGGCUGAAGUUGAACGUUUAAGAAAGUUUUAUUGA